CGGCGAAGUGCGAUCGACUCGUCGAUGCGCAGCUGUCCCGCCGCGCUUGUCAAUUUUUAGUUUUUCCGGAACGCGAGUGUAAAUAAACAAAUUAUUACUUUUCAUUGCGAAUUAUGAUGAAGUGAUACUAAUGUUUGUUUUUAAAAAGAAAAAGAUAAAAAAAAUGAAUCCGUAACCGCUUCUCGCAAUGACAAGGGAGAGCACUCAGUUACCUUUUGAGAAACCGGAGGCAUUAAAAUGUUUCAUGUGGUCUAAUUGAUGCCAUUUUUUACAUAAAUAAGUGUAUACGUUGAUUUUAAGGACUAUUGUGAAUCGUUUAGUGACGCUUUGAAGUUUAUAACCGUCAUUUCGACUCGGUCGGAAGUCGUCUACACGUUUUAAAAAUGAGUGUUUUGAGUGGUUUGAGUAAGGUGGACAUCAAAACAGCCAGUGAUGGACUGCUGGAGCUGCCUGAGGAGCGGCUCAAGAGCAUCAUGCGCAAGGAGCCCAUCACCUCCGUAUACCACGUCGAACAGACACCCUUUGCAAGGGGAAAAUUCGCUUCAGUCCGCAAGAUUCGCCACCUAGUAUCGGGCGAGGAGUACGCGGCCAAGAUCAUCCGCAAGCGGAGACGCGCGGCGGACACGACGCGGGAGAUCCUGCACGAGGUCGCCGUGCUCGCGCUCUGCUCAGACUGCACGCGCGUCGUUAGUCUGCACGAGGUAUACGAAACCCGUUCAGAAGUAGCGAUCGUCCUAGAGUUAUGCGCGGGCGGGGAACUUCAGCGUUUGCUAGACGAAGAGGACCGUUUAACGGAGGGCGCGGCGCGGAGGGCCCUGAGACACGUGUUGGAGGGGCUCGCGCACCUGCACGCGCGCCGCGUCGCCCACCUGGACCUCAAGCCACAGAACCUGCUGCUGACAGCCGGCGGAGAGGAGCUGCUCAUCUGCGACUUCGGCAUCAGCCGCGCCAUACAGCCCGGAGCACACGUCCGGGAGAUACUGGGGACAAGGGACUAUGUUGCCCCUGAAAUCUUGUCAUACGAGCCGCUAUCGCUGGCGGCGGACAUCUGGUCGGUGGGCGUGCUGGCCUACGUGCUGCUGAGCGGCUACUCGCCGUUCGCGGGCGAGACCAAGCAAGAGACCUACCUCAACAUAGCGCAGUGCCAGCUCAGCUUCCCCAAGGACCUGUUCCGGGGGGUCUCGCAGCGCGCUAUACAGUUCAUCAAGGAGACGCUAGUUGUUGAUCCUAAGGGUCGUCUUACAGUGGAAGAGUGCCUGGAGCACCCCUGGUUGAAAGACGAGGCGGACCUGCCGCGCGCGAUCGUAGGCGUCGGCUUCGACGUCGCCGAGCUCGCCAGCGACCCCGACGCUGACGACGACGCCGGCGACGACACCAACACAAACAACCCCUGCCCUCUCGGCAACGGAGUUAACGGCGUCAACGGAGUCAACGGAGUCAACGGAGUCAAUGGAGUUAACGGAGUCAACGGAGUCAACGGAGUUAACGGAGUAAAUGGAGUCAACGGAGUAAACGCAGUUAAUGGAAUUAACGGAGUCAACGGAAUAAACGGCGUCAACGGGAUCAUUGGCGUAAACGGUCACAAUGGCAUUAACGGAUGCAAUGGAACCAAUGGAUCACAUGAUGAUGAAAAAGAAUCAUCCGAGUUCCGUCCGGCCUCCCCGCGCUCGGAGCUGGAGCGCGACAAGCCGCUGAAGCAUGCGCACGCGCGCGACGCCUCGCCGCCCUGCCGCGACGCGCCCUCCACGCCCAAGGUGUCCCGUAAAUCCCACCCCCACGCGCCGUCGGUGCUCGCGCUGUGCAAGAAGUUCCAGCCCGACUACGAGAAGCCGGCCAAGCUGUCGCACCACGCGGUGGGCCACGUGGGCCACGUGAGCCACGCGGGCGAGUGCGGCUCGCUGGAGUGCGAGUGUCGCCUGCUGCGGGCCGCGCGGGCCGCGCCCGACCGCGCCGUGCUGUGCUAGCGCCUGCUGUGCUGCGCCCUGCCGCGCCGCUAGCACCUGCUGUACAUAUAGACUAGUGUCCGAGGACUAUUGUAUAUUUCUUAUGAGGGACCUCCCCGAUCGCGCGGACCGAGCGUUCGCAGACGAUCGCGGGGCUCCACCGACGGUACAAAAUGCAUAAUGAUGCGCCCGCGCACGGCAAGCGCUUGUGAAUGUGUAAGUGGCUCGCGUUGUACAUAACGCUGCGCCCGCACUGUGUCGUGUACGUGAAAUGUGUUAAGUUUAUUACUAUUGUAGUUUUGGAAUGCGUUCGCACUGUUGAAAACACGUUGUAAUAUAUAAUGUUAUGUAGAGACGUUUCAUCCGAAACAUUGUUGAGAAUAGAGAUGUUACUACGCAUACUUGUGUAGUUCUCAGCGCGAGCGCGUGUUGUUGUGGGUGAGUGUGCACGGGGUGCGGGCGCCGCGCGGCUGCGGCCUGCUGCGGCAUGCCGCGUCAGGCCGCGUCGUGCUGCAUGACGCUGCGGCAUGCGGCACGAGCCCGGCCGCGCGGCUGUACAGGGCGGCGGCGGCGCCGAGCGAGGCCACGGGGCGCCGCCGCCGCCGCAUACUUAGAUAAUUAAAUUGUUGAUGUGUCGAUCACAUUUAUAUUAUAGUAUCUAAGUGUUCAAAUGGUUUAACAGAUGAUGUACGUUGUAUGUUAACCGGAGCGGUAUAGAUAUAUAACCGAUAUGUUCGAGUGUUGGGACCAAAAUUUUGUAGUAGAAGGAACGUUUCCAUAUCGGUGCAAUUGUUGUCAUGUCAAAUUUUAUCACAGAAUGUGACCGUUAUCGGGAUGUUGCUUAGGUAGGUAAAUUGUUUAUGAAUGUCAUGAGCUCAAAUCUUGCGACUUAAUUUUUUGUAAUGCUUAGAUGAAUCGUCGUCGAGUGUAGUUAAUUCAUCCUACAUAUUGAAAAUAUUUUCAUACACUGUAUACUUCUUUUCCAUGUUGAAAUCAUUUUAACAAUGUUUUGUUCAUCUAAACUCGAAGAUCCAUUACCCUUUGAAAGCUGUUGUGAUCAAUAACUCAUUUGUAAAAAAUAAAUUAUUGUGAUAUAAAAUA